AUGUACAAGCUGGCACUCGUUUUUCUGUUCACAAUACAUUUAAUUACACUUUCUGCGGAGGAAUGCGAAUUGGAAAGUGACGAUAGUCUAUGGGAGGAUCCGAAUGUUGCCUGCAGCUCCUUCUGCUUCAAGGCCUUAAAGCCUAUGCUUCGAUAUGUGGCAGACAAUCAUAAGAAGUGGAACGACAAUGAGGGCGAACUUCAGGCCAAAAUAGAGGCGAUGGAUACCAAACUAUCGUCUUUUCUGAGUUCUCAAAAAAAGCAUGAAGAAAAAAUUGAUAAUUUGGAAAACCUACUCAAAAAAGCUAUAAUAAAAAGUGAAGAAAAUAUCAAAAAGGAAGAACCAUUAACAGAAGUAAAGAGUAACACGAUUAACGAAACAACUUCCCAGAGGAUCGGAUCAAAAAAUUCAUAUUUCGAGGAAAAAAUUAGACUGACUUGGCAGGAAGCAUCAAAAUCCUGCCAUUCGAAGGGUAGUACUCUGCUAACUCUCGAAACCAAGGAGGAACUGCAACAUAUAUUUCCGAAAAUAAAGUCAAUGGAGUACUGGAUCGGAUUGAAUAAAAACGAACAAAAUAUCCUUUGCGCUAGCCUAACAAAAUAUGGACGUCUUCCCAUUCGAUUGAGUUCAAUCUGCGCAGAAAAACACUUUUUUAUUUGUCAAGAUACCAUUACAUAAUAAAUCAAACCACCAAUAAAAAUAAAUGUAAUUUAA